AUGUCUGAUCCUUCAUCUGCCUCUAAGAAAAUGCUUACAACCCUUAGUGAGAUUGAACCUAUUGCUUUCCAUUCUCCUUCAUUAGUAGGGUCUAGGUCUAAUAUUCCGUCAAGUUCUUCCCAACAUGUUCCCGAAAAUCCGAUUCACUCCUUAGAUCUGAACAGCUCAAGUGUUCCUACUGGACCUGGUCCUCAUCAUGAAAUGCUUUCAGAUGCUUUGUUUGAAGGAGAUUUUCCAAGGUACAAAUCCUCUGAGUCAAACAUUCUUGCUGCAAGUGAAGAGCUGGUGAUUGAGAGUCUUGCUUUGAUGGCAAAGGAAAAGGUUGAAAGGAGAGAUGUAAGUGUAUCAAAAAAGAUAAAAGAAAAAGUGGUGAAAAAAGUACUUAGCAAGAGACCUACCACUAGAUCUGAUGCCAAAAUGUUUAUGGCUAAUGCUUUGAAAGCCAGUGCAAGGUCUACAACAGAAAUCAGGAGUGCUAGAACAUUCAAAGUGUCAAAUUUUAAAAUGCCCGAGUCUGAUGUCAUAGAGGAUGAUGGAAGUGUCCAUACCAGUGUGAAUGAUAUUGCAGUUCAUCUGGAUGAAUAUCUGUUGGGGAAAAUUCUUAGGGUACCCCGAGAUGGUACCAGGUCUAUGAUUGGGAAAACAUGUUCAGUUGACUUUGUAGCAUUGGUCUCGAAGCUUCCCACAACAAAGUGGGCAGGGGUGUUUAAGAAGGUUGGUAUAGUGAAACAAGAUUUUUCAGAAAAUACUCUGGUUGAAUGUGAGUGCAUUGAAGGGAAAGGAAAUCCCAAGAGCAAAAUGGCACAACUCAUAGAAUACCAGGACCAACUCAAUCAUGAAGUUGACGAAUUAACUAUGCGACUGAGUGGAAAGGAUGCUGAAACUGCAAUUCUCAAAGCUGAGCUGCUCACUACACAGACAGAGGGACCUGGUACAACUAUGGUUCAAGCCCUGGAAAGGGAAAAUGCAGAGCUGAGGGCCAAGGGACCUGGUCCAUUGACUGAUAGUGGACGCAUAUAUUCUAACAAAAAGCUUACUUACAGUAAGUUAGUCAUCAAAAAGACACUCAGGGAGGAAACAAAUAUAAAUGGAUUAACUAUUUCGUUAAAAAGCAAAGUUUUGGUUAAUGUAUGGGCAAUUGGAAGAUAUCCUGAGAGUUGGGAAAAUCCUGAAUUUUUUAUACCAGAGGGAUUUGAAAACAAUUGUAUUGAAUUUACUUGCAAUCACUUCCAAUUUCUCCCAUUUGGCGGAGGAAGACGAAUUUGUCUAGGUAUACUAUUUUGUUUAGCUCUUCUUACUCUACCCUUAGCCCAUUUACUUUACAACUUUGAUUGGAAACUUCCUCAAGGAAUUAAUGCAAAGGAUUUUGACAUGACUGAGGAAAAUGGAAUAUCUGCUAGAAGGUAG